AUGGACAGGCUGUUUGAAAGCCUGCUUGGGGUUGAGGACACAGAGCUUCUUUGGGAGCAGCUGACCCAUGCUCUCGUCUGUAGACACUGUGGCAGCAACUGCCUCCAGAGUCCAGGAAACCUGGCGACACUAUUCUUGUUCAUGGUAUGGCAGAUUCGGAGGUGGUGGCACCUUGGGAAGUGGCAACAGCUUCAGCUCUGGUACUCUGGGGACAUGUUUCAAGGCAAGGGUCUAUCACUUCUGUACCAGAUGGCUUUUCUUGAUCACUUGUGGAAACAAAAAUCAGAAGAGGAAGAUGAGGAAAAAGAAGAAAAUGAGGAAUCUUUGCAUCUACUGAAGCCAUGCUGUCUACCCAAAGAAAAUCCUGUUGGACAGCAGGCCACCACAGUCCCAUCCCAGUCAUCUUGUGGUUCUGAAGGCCUCCACAAGGGCACAAGGACACCAGAGCAAGUACUAAUGCCCCCAAGCAGAUCCUUCCCCACCUUUCAGACCCUCAUCAACCUACCUGUAAGGUACAAGACAACAUCUGGCAGCCACCUACAGCAGAUAAAAAGCCAGCUCUUCUGGGGUCUCCCCUCACUGCACAGUGAAUCCUUGGAGGCCAUCUUUCUAAGCUUGGGAGGCUCCUCUCCCAGGAAGUUGUCUGUUAGUUCUUCUGCUUUAUUCAACAAGCUUAUCUCCAAGUCUAGUUCCAACUUGCUGCUUCCACAGUACUGCUCCCUACCCCAGAUUCCAAACCCUGAAGGUGUGGAAGGGACAGCUCCUGAUCCUCAGCAUCUUUCCUCACCACCUUCACCUCCUAUCCCAUUACUUCCCCUUCAUCUUAAACUCUAUCCCAUGGACCACAAAGAAGUCCUAUAUGUCACUGAGCAGAGAAGGGUACCAAGGGUCUCUGAGGACCAAGUCUUGCACUCACAGCUUAACCUUCAAAGUACCACACCCUCCAAGCUCCUCCCUUCAUCUGAGGAGGUUACAUGUGAUCCAAGUCUCCAACAUAUUCCAGAUCUACUGUCUGCCUCUCUAUUCUAUCCUUCUAGUCAUCUGGAAACCCUGACCAGGCUUAAGUCCCCAACGAAAACAAAGCGACAAAAUGAGAUACCCAAAGUCUCCAAUCCACCAAGAUUAGCUCCCAGCUCAUUUACAACUUCCUGGCCAGAAUUCCAGGGAGCUACUUCUAUAAAUGGUCUAUUUGGAUCUCAUGUUCUCUGGGAAACCACAGGGCAAAAUGACAAUCAUCAGAUGGCUAGGCCUCCAAUCCUGGCCUCUUGCCAACCCAUAGCCCCCAUGAUGAAACCUCAAGAAACUAGUCACCUGGGAAUUCCUCCUCCUAUAGAUGAGACUAGGUGGACAAGCACAAGACAUGAAGAAAAUUCUCAACCCCCAGAGUCCCCACUGCUAGCCCAAUGUUAUUACCUGGAUUCUCUGUCAGAACUCAAGAACAUCAACCCCGAAGGCAGACUUUUUGCAUCUAUAGAAUCCUGGGGGCACAGAGAGAACCCUCAGUUUUCUGAGUCUCUACUGUCAGCCUCAGCUCCUCCAAACCUCCAGUCUGGAGUCCAGGAAGACAGGCCCCUGAAAGAUUCAACUAGACGUAAAUCCCAGGAAGCAUGCAGAGAAAAUUCAACAAUCCCCUGGGCCUCUGAGCCCCCAGUCUUGGACCUCAACCUAAGGCUCUCUACAAACAGGCCUGUGUGUCCCCCUUUAGGAACUGAGACUCUAUUAAAAGGCAUGCAGAAUCAAGAAAAUGUAUGGGUCUCUGCAAACUCAGUUUCACCUCCCAGCCUUCUCUCAGCCCCCACACUGGACUCCCUAGAAAAGAUCCCUAAGAAUCUGUCUGAGUCCAAAGCUUCACAGAAGACCGAGGGGCAGAGAGAGAACGUCGGGACCCCAGAGUCCCCAACACCUAGCCACAACCUCCCUCUAGCUCCUGUUCUGGAACCCCCCAGAAUCAACCCUGUGGGAGGCCUCCCUAAACCAGAUACUGUGUGGAAUAACUAUGAACGUUUUAGGAAUUCCUGGGCUUGUCAGCCUCCACCUCUGGCUUUCAGUUCACCCCCAGUUCCUUUACUGGAGUCCCCACCAAUUAGAACAAUGGGGAUUCAGUUUGAUUCUGAUAGAUGUGGGGACACACAGAGUAGAAACUCUUGUGCCUCUGAGCCUCUUAUUUCUUGUUCACCCCAAUCAUAUGCCAAGCCCUUGGGACUAUCAGAUUUUGAGCCUGUUUCAGGAGACAUGGAGCAGAAAGAAAUCUGUUAUGUACAUAUGUCCCAAUUGCAUGGCCUUAGUCCACCCUAUAACUCUAUGUCAAAGUUUCACGUAAGUGAGUCUAUUGGAGAUAAACCCAAUCAUAAGGAGUUUGAGGAGCCAGCAGUGGUACAGGAGCACUGGGUCCCAGUCCCCAGCUCAUUUUCUGCUCCUUUAUCAAAUGCAGGUGCCAAUGACCUUGGGUUUAUGGGGAGGAACAUGCAAUUCAAAGAGCUUCCCCGGAGUUCCAGUCCUCCGAGAGUCAAUUCCCUGCAGUUAGUACCAGGGUCUCCCAGACCUGAAGUUUUAAGAAUUGAAACUGACCAGCGUGGCCCACCCAAGAGAGAACUACUCCCAGGAGCUAAGCUGGAGGCUUUACCCUCCCAGGGGGAGGAUGGUCCAGAGAUGCCCAGACUGCGUAGGAUCCAAGCUUGGCACUGGAGUAGACAGAUGGAACUAAGGCUGCAGAAACUACAGCGAAGACCUACUUCUAGAUCCCCUGACUCAAGUCAACUUGUCAGCUCCCCUGCCCUGGCCUCAACUCUAGGAUCCUGUGGACUUCCUUCCUGGUCCCCACAGCAGACUCAUCCCCUUGUCCUAUAUCCUCACUCUCCAUGUUGCCAAUCCCUGCCAAGUCAUAGUACAGGAACUCCGCCUGUCCAGGUUUCUCCAUGUCUUCACUCUCUCACCUCUCUUCAAGCUCACGUGGAAGGGCAUGGAAGAGCAGAAAAGGAACUUCAGAUAGGGGGAGAAAUGAGAGGAAAGGCAACAGCGGAGGUGUCACCUCAGUGGCCAGUUCACAAGAAGGCUGGAAAGAACUGCCGGGAUUUGGGAAAGCUCUCAAACCUUGAGGUGCCAACAAUAAGCAAGAGAAAAGACAAAGCUUCAACACAAUCUCUAGCCCAAGAGAGAGAGAACCCCAAGAAAACCAUAGCAAGAGAUCACAGGGGAGGAGAUGCAAAAUUAGGGUCACCCAGAAUUACAGGGAAGAGCCACACAACCCAGGCUUCUGUCUGCAGACAUUCUCAAAGAUAUUCGCACAGACACCAGUUCUGUCAAUACACUGCUUUCCUCCAGCAGCUUCACUCCAAGGCUGCAGGUCCCCAAGAUCAGCGAGGGGCUGGUGACAUCCUGACCCCUUGGCAUUGUAAGUUCUGCCCUCAGGCCCACAAGGAAAAGCAAGUGGUCUCCACACGUCAGACUGCCUUUAGCAGGUGUCUUCAAAAGGUGUUAGCCAAGUUUGUGGGUACCCAUAGACCGCUGCACAACAAACUCAGGAAUAGUAGUACUCACACGUAAUAACUCUAAAGCCAUAGUAGUCUAGAGGGUAAAGAAUAAAACUAAUAAACUAGCUGAAAUAGAUAAACCCCAUUGUUUUCUUUGGAGUCUGGGAGCUAAGAAGGAAUUAUGGCUGCUGUUGUAUCCCAUCUCAGGGCAAGACACAGCAGAAUUUAGGAUUCUUAAAGGUGUUUACCUUUCCUUUUCAGUCCUUCAGAUUGUAGAAUCUACAACCCUAAUUCUACAUAAGACCGAGACAGCCCAGUACUUUCAGGGAUCAUUUCUAUAGUUCAUUGCUAGAGAAGUUUCUCUAAUCCUGUAGAGCACCACAAGGAGCCAGAGUAUCCUCUCCUGAGGAUGAAGACGGUUCUAGGUGUUGCUUUUGCAGCAGUCUUUUUACCACUGAUGACUGUUCUUCUCUUCCUUUGGCAGAGUGAGAAGAGGACACAGUCUAAGUGGUUCUGGUUGUUUUUUUUUUUUUUUUUUAAAAAAAGGCCCAGUACGAAAAAACUACAGCAACACAGAAAACUAACAGAACUGUUACACACAUGAACACAACUAAUCUAGAUUUGAGCAGCUGUUCAUUCUCCUGGGCAUGUCUUUUCCUCGAGUACUGAAUCUACAGAUUUUCCCAUUCCUCCACCCUCUUCUAUCUUUCUGACUACUGCCACUUAGCCUUCUUUUUUGUUUGUUUUUGCAUUUUGGGUCAUACCCGGCAAUGCACAGGGGUUACUCCUGGCUUAUGCACUCAGGAAUUACUCCUGGCGGUGCUCGGGGGACCAUAUGGGAUGCUGGGAAUCGAACCCGGGUCAGCUGUGUGCAAGGUAAACACCCUACCCGCUGUGCUAUCACUCCAGCCCCAUCACUUAGCCUUUCUGCUGUCACUUUUUGCUGACAGCUUUCUGCUGGCACCUUCAACCCCAAGACAACAAAAAUAAGUGCAUUUUCAUCAAGAUUUGCUGUCCUUUACCCAUUUUCUACUGCACUGUAGGGUACUGCUGUUAUCACUGCCACAAGCCACAUCGCUUAAGUUUAUCUGAUAUGUCUCCUAGGUUAAAAUCAUGAAUUUAUUAAGGCUGUACUCCAUUUUUUGUUUGUUUUUUGCUUUUUGGGUCACACCCGUCGAGGCACAGGGGUUACUCCUGGCUCUGCACUCAGGAAUUACUCCUGGCGGUGCUCAGGGAACCAUAUGGGAUGCUGGGAUUCAAACCUGGUUCAGCUGCGUGCAAGGCAAACACCCUACCCAUUGUGCUAUCACUCCAGCCACAGCUGCACUCCAUUUUGUAGACACUGUAUACACAGGAUUCCUUUUUCCUUCCCUGACUUCAAGAGGUGGCCACAUUCCUUAGCUAACCUUCCUUCAUUUUCAAAACCAGCAGAAGUCAACUUCUCUCUCACUGCCUCCCUCUCCACCUUUUUGUUGUGGUCACAUCCAGUGCUCUGGAGGCCCCUGAUAUGAAACCCAGAGUCCUACCACAUGAGCCCCACCCUCUUCUACUUUUAAGGACACUCAUUCCAUUUCCAUAACCAGAUAAAACUAUUAAGCAAAAUCAAUCCUUCAUUAUGAAAAAUGUCUCACAGUUUCCAGGAGUUAAAAUGAGGUUAUUUUGGGGCCAGAGUGAUAGUACAGGGGUUGAGGUACUUGCCUUGCACACAGGUGAUUCAUUUGGCAAGCCCCUUAACCCCCUGUACUGUCUGUGGCCCAGAAACUUCUGACAUUUGGGGUUUUUUUUUUUUGCUUUUUGGGUCACACCUAGCAAUGCUCAGGGGUUAUUCCUGGCUUUGCAUUCAGGAAUUACUCCUGGUGGUGCUUGGGGGACCAUAUGGGAUGCCACGGAU